UAUCCAGUGCAGCCUCUGGUCCCGCCCCCUUUCCUCCUGGGUCCAGCAGGCAAACUGGCUAUUCAAGGCCAGGCUCCAACAAAGCCUGUCACUGUGCAUGGCUUUUUUUUUUUUUUGGUACUAGAGGUUGUAUUAGUACCUGGGCCUCACAUUCCAGAGCAGUCUACCUUCAACCCUUUUCUGAUCCUCCUGCCUCCAGCUCCUGAAUGCUUCUCCCCAAACUUCCAGUACUAUAGCAAUAACAACAACGACGACAAUAGCUGUAGUUCAGUUGACUGAGUUCUUGCCUAUCGAUCCCAAAGCCCUGUGUUUGAUCCCCAGCAGGCACGGUCCAGGUCAUCCUUGGCUACAUAGUGAAUUAGAGGCCAGCCUGGGCUACAUGGAGACAUUGUCUCAAAACAAAAACAAAGUACGGUGAGUGGUCUAAAUAUCAAACAUUCCCCCUAACCUUGAUUCUUUGCUUUCCAGAAAUGUAAACAUUUCGUUCUAUACUCGGCAGCUUCUGUUCUGUGUCCCUCCUCCAUCUGUAAGAGGCCAGUUUCGCCUUUGCAGACUCUAUCCCAGUUGGCUCUGGCUUUUUCAGGUCACCGGAUCCCCUGUGAGGCAGCUCUGACCUUAAUAUUCACCUUUGAAGACUUGAAUCCCACACUUCUCCAACAGGCCACCCAAAUCUUGUGCCAACCAAGGUGGAAUUCCAGAUCUUCCUUCUUGGAGCCCCAUGAAGAUGCCAGAGGGAUUUGCCCACAGUCGUCGAGAUCGUGGCAAGAAUUGAACACCUGCCAGGUGAGGGAGGGCAGGCUGGCAGAGCAUCCAACAGUUUAGUACCAGAAGAAGGGCAAUGCAAGGGACCGAGUGCAAGCGUGGUCCUCCCAUGGCACACAGCAUCUGACCAUUUGGUAGUCACUUAACAGACAGGGGCAGGAACCGUUCACGGCCACACCACUGACUAGAUCUUCAGUCUGUCACUUAUUACCCAACAAAGUGUGAGUAUGUGUGUGUGUGUCAGUGUGUGUCUGUGUGUGUGUUUGUGUUUGUGCGAGUGCUCGAGGGACAGUGUGCUAUAGACAGUCUUGUGUAGUGUGAGCUCAUACUAAAUACAGCAUAUAGCAGAGACUGAUUUGGGUCAGGAUGGUACAGGGCUUCCUGUAUGGGGGAGGUAGAAAGGAGGAUUAGAAGUUCAAAUUCAACCUUAGAUAUGUAAGACUGCCUCAAGAGAGCAGAAAAAACCAAACCAACAAAAAGGAGGUGAAUUCUCACCAUGUAGCCCUAGACGGUCUAAAACCGUGAACCAAGCAGGCCCCUCACUGGAGGGGCGAGCAUCCUGCAUUAAACCACAUCCCCCACCAGUGAAGGUUACUCUUAGUGCUCAGUUCUCUGUGGGACUUAAGUCUAUUUAAACUUAGAUUUAGCAGAACAGAGAAAUUCAGUUCUUCAGUCACACAACUGCAUUACAAGCGUGCGAUAGCUGACAUCUGGGGGGCUGGGGAAAUAGCUUAGUGGGUAAAGCGUUCAGUGAACAACCGUGAAAAACUAAAUUUGGAUACCCAGAUAUUUCAAGCCAGACAUUGCAAACAUCUGUAAUCCCAGCCUCCCACAGUCAGAUGGGAGGGAGAGGCAGGAGAAUCCCUUUAAGUUCAGGCCAACUGUCAAGGUUUACACAGUAGCAAACAAGAGAGAGCCUGUCUCAAACAAGGUAGAAAGGACACCCAAGUAACCUCCACAUGUGCGUUCAUGUAUGUGCACGCACACUCGUGCGCGCGCGCGCGCGCACACACACACACACACACACACACACACACACACUCCUUUUGUUUGUUUUUUCAAGACAAGGUUUCUCUAUGUAUCCUUGGCUGUCCUGGAACUCAAUCCAUAGACCAGGCUGGCCUUGAACUUGAGAUCUGCCUGCUUCUACCUUCUGAGUGCUGGGAUCGUGCACAAUCAUACCUGGCCAAAAGCCCCAUUUUGAAUUUUUUUCAUUGUUUUAUGUGCAAGGGAUUACAUAUGAGGGUAAGUAUGUAUGUAUGUGUGUGUGUGCAGAUCAGAGGACAAUUUGUGGGAGUUGGUUUCCUCCUUCUAUUAUGUGGGUCCUGAGAUAGAACUGAGGCCAUCAAACGUUGCAGUAAACACAUUAGCCUUCUGAACCUGGGUACCUGUGCUCCCCCAGCUUUAAAAAAAUAAAUUAAUUGUAUGUGGCCUGGUGGCAAAGCGCUUCCCCAGUGUAUAUGAGUUCCUGAGUCUGCACCCAGCACUGAGGGCAAAACAUGUUCUCCAGUGCAGUUUUUAGGUGCACAGUGAGAUCCAAGGGAAAGCACUGAGAGUUCCCGUGUGGAGCCUGUCCUCAUCCACCCACAGCCGCCCCCACUGCCAGCAUGGGGAAGCUGGGUGCUCCAUUUGUUACAAACGAUGAGUCUGCAUUCAUGCCUCCUUUCUUGUCGGCGUGCAGAGGCUGCUGGGUGCACUGGGGUUCCCUCUGGAUGAUGUACCCCUGUAGGUUUGCACACUUCUAGUGACCAAAGCUGACCACUGUAGGGACUGACAAUAGACUAGUCACCAGAGGGAAAAAUUGUCUGUCUGGGUUUUGGGCUAGAAGCAAUGGUUCAGCAGUUAAAGAGCACUGGCUGCUUUUGCGGAAGAUUCAGGUUUGAGUCCUACAUGGUGGCUCACAACUGUCUGUAACUCCAGUCCCAGGAGAUCUGAGACCAUCCUUUAACCCCUGUGGGCACUACAUGCGUGUGAUACACAGAUACACGUGCAGGCAAGACAUCCAUACCCAUGUGAAUGUCUGUGUGUGUGUGUGUGUGUGUGUGUGUGUGUGUGUGUGUGUGUGUGUGUGCAUGUGCAGGGGCCUGAGGCCAGAAGAGGGUGUCAGAUCUUCGGAAACUGGAACUACAUGUGGCUGUAGGUGCUGGGAACCAAACUCAGGUUCUCCAGAAAAUCAGCACACACUCUGUCAACUACUGGACGAUCUCUUUGGCGUCCUGGAAAUAAUUUUUAAAAACAUCUGUUUUUGAGACAGGAUCUUUGUAGCUUUGGCUGGCUUGAAACUCAUUAUGUAGACAGGCUGGCCUUGAAUUCAAAGCGAUCCACUGUGAAGCACCUCCGAUUUGGCAUAGAACAUACUCAGACACCGAAUUCUCACCACAGAGAAGGUUUACUAUCCUGAAGGGACAGUGGGGGGGUUGGGGGGGGCUGGGCUGGACAAAGAGAAGUGAGUUUUUAAGGAGAAAACGGGGCGGUCUGUGCUGGGGUGAGGUGGGAAGUCCUGAUUAGAUAUUCUAGUCGUUGUAACCAAAUAAUGAAUUUUGAUUGCUGGACCUUGGUGUUUUGAUAGUUGGACCUUGGAGUUUUAGUCAGGAAGUGGCCAAAUAGGGGAAUAGUCCUUGGUGCCUAGCUUUAAGAAUCUGAUAGUUUAGCAAGGGAGGGGCAAGACCAAUGCCAUGUUUGCUGUGCUUGGACCUGUCCUUCACACUGGGUGGAGAGAGGGCUCAGUGGUUAAGAACACUGGCUGUUCUUCCAAAGGACCCAGAUUCAGUUCUCAGCAAGCGUAUGGUUUCUUUUAUAGUGCACUUUUGUAAAAAUCUAAAUUAAUUAACCUUUUAUGUCAAGUAGUGUAUUUUGAUUUCUAACUUUUUGGUUGUUUAUGUUUAGUGUGUAUAAAUAUUAUUUGGGCUAGUAAAUCUGGACUAUGCUCAAGGUCAUGGAAAUGUCAAAUAUGUAUAUAGCCAAGACUAAUGCGGCUGCUAGGGGGUAGGGCUGAGAAGUGUCUAAGCAGAUACAAAAUGGAGUCAGGACAAGACGGGAUGGCAUUACCUAAGUCACUUCAAGGCAGACUAGUGUUUGCACGUGAAGACCAGAGAACAAUUUAUUUUUUCCUUCUUUUAUGUGGGUUCUGAGCCACCUUGGCAGCCCAACUCUCUUUUUCUUUUCUUUUUUUUUUUUUUUUUGGAGCUGGGGACCGAACCCAGGGCCUUGCGGUUGCUAGGCAAGCGCUCUACCGCUGAGCUAAAUCCCCAACCCCUGUCAGCCCAACUCUCUUUUGUUUUUUGUUUUUUUCACCUCACAAGAUACUCCCAGAGAGGACCUCUAUCACUGAUCCCCACCCAGGCUGGUGAUAUCUUUGUAGUAUGUCACAGGCUUGGCUUUUCUCAGAAUGUCCUUGAGUUGGAAUCCAGUGCCACCAUGGGAUCCUUUUCUAAUUAGCUUCCUUUGGUACAUAAUGUGUCUCCAGGUUUGAUGGCACUCGUCUGUGAGUCCAGCACUUGGGAAGCAGAGGCAGGAGGAGCUGGCAUUGGAGGCCAGUUUGAACUACAUAGUAAGUAAGCUUCAGGUCAGUCUAAGCUUUAUGAUACCCUAGCCCAAAAAAAAAAAAAAAAAAAAUUUGGAAAGGGCUUGCAAGAAGGCUCAGUGAGGGGUUGGGGAUUAAGCUCAGUGGUAGAGCGCUUGCCUAGCAAGCGCAAGGCCCUGGGUUUGGUCCCCAGCUCUGGAAAAAAAAAAAGAAAAGAAAAGAAAAAAAAAAAAAAGAAGGCUCAGUGAACAAAAGCAUUUGCCACGCAAGCUUAAUGAAGUGACUACAGCCCCCCAAAAAAAUGUGGCCGAUGGAGAAAACUGACUCACUUCCCAGGUGCACUUCUUGCCUAUACAUAUCACAGCACACACACACGCGCGGCACACACACACGCGCGCACACACACACACACACAUACACACAGUAAAAUAAGAAACGUAAUUAAGAGAGAAGCGGUGGCAGGACAAUGGAGGCUGAUGUAAAGAUGUAAAGAUCUCGCUCUGUGUAUUUACAGAUUCUGUAAGUAUAAGACAGAAGUAAUCUGAUGCUGAGAAAGGAAGGUCUCGGAUUCUGCAAAGGGCCUGGGAGAGAAAGCAUUAAUGAAUUUUUGUGUCCUAGAAUCGCUCCUACCAUCGUCUUCAUGAAAGAAAUUUUUCUGGUUUCGGGGAACUCUGGAGAAGAAUAGGCAGAAAGAUUGUAAGAACCAGUGCAGGGGUUGGGGAUUUAGCUCAGUGGUAGAGCGCUUGCCUAGCAAGCACAAGGCCCUGGGUUCGGUCCCCAGCUCUGGAAAGAAAAAAAAAAAAAGACUGUGGCAGCGUGCACAGGACCUACAAAGGUCUGGACCUAAAAGUGACUGUGGAAUUGGACACAAAUCCACAUCCCUAACCCAGAAGCUAUAACCACUCACAAAUGAAAACUGAGUCUCACUGAAUAUAAAAACCACUCUUACAGCCAGGAUCCAUAGAGAACAGUAAAUGAGCAACACAAAGCCAAGCCAAUCAUAAUUUUGUUUUCUUGUUUUUAUUUUUAAAUAUUUUAUUCUUUGUUUUGUUUUUGUGUUGUUUGGUUUGCUUUAUUUUUGUCUCACAGUGCUUUUCUGUAUUUUGUUCUUCACUUAUUUUCCUCUUAUAGGUAUUUUGCUUAAAUAUUAUUGUCGCCAAUUUUGUAUCUUAAGUGAUAUCUAUGUUUGUCAAUGUAUGUGUGCAUGUGUGUGCGUGUGCGUGUGUGAUCUAUAUGUGUUUCCUUUGUUUUUUCCUUGAUUCUUUGUUGUUUUUUUUUUUCUUUUUUUUUUUUCUUUCAGAGCUGGGGACCGAACCCAGGGCCUUGUGCUUGCUAGGCAAGUGCUCUACCGCUGAGCUAAAUCCCCAACACCUGAUUCUUUGUUUUUAUUCUUUUUUAUUCUUUUGUUUUUCUUUUAGAUGUCUGUUUUCUAAUGACUGAGAACAAGAAAAGAUGUGGAUUUGAGUGUGUUCCCAGUAAGGAGGAUCUGGGAGGAUGUGAGGGCAGAGAAACCAUUAUCAGAAUAUAUUGUACAAAAUGAUCUAUUUUCAAUUUAAAAAAAAAAGAAAAAAAAAGAAACGUAAUUAAAAAUUAAAAAGGGGGGUUGGGGAUUUAGCUCAGCGGUAGAGCGCUUGCCUAGCAAGCUCAAGGCCCUGGGUUUGGUCCCCAGCUCCGAAAAAAAAGAAAAGAAAAAAAAAUUAAAAAAAAAAAUUAAGGGGUUGGGGAUUUAGCUCAGUGGUAGAGCGCUUGCCUAGGAAGCGCAAGGCCCUGGGUUCGGUCCCCAGCUCCGAAAAAAAGAACCAAAAAAAAAAAAAAAAUUAAAAAGGGGGCUGGAGCGAUGGCUCACUGGUUAAAAGCACUGACUACUCUUCCAGAGGUUCUGAGUUCAAAUCCCAGCAACCACAUGGUGGCUCACAACCAUCUGUAAUGGGAUCUGAUGCCCUCUGCUGGUAUGUCUGAAGACAGCUACAGUGUACUUAUAUGUACUAAAUAAAUCUUUUAACAAAAAAAAUUAAAAAGGAAGAAAUUGUUGUGUGUUGAUGGUAGUGGUGGGAGAUGGAGACGAGAAGUACGUUUGUGGCCGCCUUUAUCUGGCACAGUGAGAACCAGCUGAAGUCCAGCGAACAGGCUCUCUCAGUGGCUCCGCCCAACCCCUGUGCCAGGCCCCACCCACCCCUCUCUACGGCUUCCUAUUGCUUGUUGGUUUUCUCUCUGUAGUAGAUGCUAAACUGGAGGGUUUAACUAGGGGCUUCAAACCCAGAUUCCUGCUGUAUUCAUAUUUUGAUUAAUUUUUAUAAUUAUUAUUUUAAUUAUGUGUUCCAAGGAGGUAAGAAGGGUAUAUUAGUCCUAAAACACACUAUGUAGCCCAGGCUGGCUUCAAACUCACUAUAUAGCCUAGGAUAACCUUGAACUGCUGCAGGUCCCCCUGCCUCCAUUUGGUUUGGUUUAUAUAGUGCUGGGGCCAGAACCCCAGGUUAUGUACCUGCUAGACAAACACUCAACUGAACUAUAUCUCCAACUUCUUUUAAACUAUUAUCUUAAUUUUAAAAACAUCUGGCUUUCCGUCCUUUCUCUUUCCGUGUGCACUUGGGCAAGGGCCUAUAUACAGGGCAAGGUGCAGACAGAGACAUCAGAGGAUAGCUUACAGGAGUCAGUUUUCUCUUUCUAGUAUAUGCAUCCUUGGGAUCAAACUCACUUCAGGUGAGUCAAGCUCCUUUCCCUCCUGAGUCAUUUCAACAGCUCUAGUAAACCAUUUUUUUUAAAGAUUUAUUUUUUAUUUUAUUAUAUAUAAGUACACUGUAGCUGUCCUCAGAUACACCAGAAGAGGGCAUCAGAUUUCUUUACAGAUGGUUGUGAGCCACCAUGUGGUUGCUGGGAAUUGAAAUGACCUCUGGAAGAGCAGUCGGGUGCUCUUAACCGCUGAGCCAUCUCUCCAGCCCUAGUAAACCAUUUUUAAUGGUUUUAAAUAUUCAGUGUUAUGACAUGCAAAGAACAGUGCCAGGCAGAGCCUCUGCUUAGUUAUGGGGAUACAGGCAGGCGCUUACUUAGCGCGCAUGAAGCCUUAGGUUCAAUCCUCAGUAGUGUUUAAAAAAAAAAAAAAUACAGUGCCCUAGGCAUAGAUGGGUGGCAGAGGCAGAAGGCUAGUCUGGUCUUUAUAGGUAAUUCCAGGGUUACACGGUGAGACGUUGUUUCAUAACAAACCAAAAUGGCAUAGCAAGUCUGAUGGUGCGUAGAGCUAUUGAGAGUUAAAACGCAAGACGAGGGGUAAAUUCAGGAGCGUGUGCAUGAAGGUUGCUAUGGUUAUAUAGGAUACCUGAGCGCUGUUGACAGCUGGCUUGGAGCGCAGUGUGCAGGGCGAAGGGCAAAUGCAAAGGCCUGGAACAGGACGCAUGUUGGAGUGACAGCAGGAAACUGCAGAGGUAACUUAGAGACUGGCUAUUGGUGACCUUCUGGGCGCCUCUGAACCGUGAUAGUACUUUAUGCCACACCCAAUAUGGCUACAGCACCGGGUCUAUGCGGGCGCAAGCGGAAGUACGUAAGAACGUGCGCCGCAGCCACGCCCCUUGCCGGGGUCUCUGUGGAGCUGUGGCCGCGCCGGCUUGGAGCAUCCCUGCGCUGGCAGGCUGGGGGACUGUGAGGCUGCAUCUCCGGCGGCCAGCUCCGGAGAGGUACGACCUGCACCUCCCGCCCCGGCGACUGGGAUCCCCUCGGUGCUUCCCAGCCGACCCUGGCCUUAUUCCGAGGCCCAUCCUUGCCAUCUCCUACCCUUCUCCCAGGCCCCCUUCUCUUCUGACCUCAUCUGUUCCCAGGCUCACAAUCCCGAUGGUUAGAAUGGACCCUUUCACAUAGCCUGCUGAGUUUCCAGGCCUUUCCUCCAUCUCCCCGUGUGUUGGCUCUGCUCUCGCAGCUAUGGGACCUUUUCUCUUUUGCUCGUGUUUUCUUGUUUGUUUUACACUGUGGCUCAGACUGGCCUGGAGCUCAGUGUGCAGCCCAGGCUGGUUUUGAACGUACAGCAGUUUUCCUGUUGUAGCCUUUGUAAUGCUGGGGUUACAGGUGUGCAUCAUCGCGCGGGGUUUUUAUGCGCAGCUAAGGGUGGAACCCAGGGCUUUGUGUCUGCUAGGCAAGUACUUUACUCACUCAUCCACAUUCCCAGCCCCCGCUCUCUUUCUUUCUUUUUUUCUUUUUCUUUUUCCUGUCAGCUUAAGUGCAGCCCACUUCUUUCUGGAGCCUGCUUGGAGUGUGCUGGAGUGUGAUAGGGCUUUGGACUGACCCCAAAGCUUUAUGAUCUAGGUCAGCUGGAGAAUCCCACUGCGUCUGGGUGUGCAGUAUUUUCUUUGGGGGCCAUGGUGGGGGUUGGGGGAGGGUCUGACUGAUUCCUUGUUGCCUUCCUCCCUAUCUGAGUUAUAUUUGUUCUUUCCUAGAACUCGAACCUGGGGGCACAUCUCUUUAUCAUAUUAGCGUGUGUGUGUGUGUGUGUGUGUGUGUGUGUGUGUGUGUGUGUGUACAUGUGAGUACCAGCUUGUGCAUGUCAUGGUGUACAUAUGGAAGUCAGAGGACCACUUCAGGGAGUUGGUUCUUGCCUUUCAGCUUGUUUAUAUUAUUUAUUUUUAAUUGUGUGCAUGUAUAACUGUGUGUGGGUGUGUGCACAUGAAUGCUGGUGUCUGAGGAGACCAGAGGAUCACAUGCACAUUGAGUUGGAGUCAUUAGCCUCUCCAGUGUGAGUACUGGGAGCUGAACCCAGGUCCUCUGAAACAGUAAUGCUAAAUCCUCUCACUUUGCUAUAGCAACAUUGGGAUGGCAGAUGUGGGUCACUGCAUCUAGCACUUUGUGUGGGUCCUAGAGUUUGAACUUGGGUCAUCGGGUUUGCAAGGUAAGCUCCCUUGCUGGCCUCUGGGCAUACUUCUAAAGAUUUAUUUAUUUAUUAUAUAUGAGAACACUGUAGCUGUCUUCAGACACACCAGAAGAGGGCAUCGGAUCCCAUUACAGAUGGUUGUGAGCCGCCAUGUGGUUGCUGGGAAUUGAACUCAGGAUCUCUGGAAGAGCAGCCAGCGCUUUUAACUGCUGAGCCAUCUCUCCAGCCACCCUGGGCAUACUUUUAAGUCUCAGGAGUUUCCUUGCAUGUAUCCAGUGAGACUUACAGGUGUUUCCCAGAGUAGAUGGGACAUGGGUAUGAGGACCAUGGCCGGGUAGAAGCUUCUCUUCAUUUGAAGAAAACUGGGCUAAGAAUUGUCUCCUUGGGGUUGGGGAUUUAGCUCAGCGGUAGAGCGCUUGCCUAGCAAGCGCAAGGCCCUGGAUUUGAUCCCCAGAUCCAAAAAAAAGAAAAGAAAAGAAAAAAAAAAGAAUUGUCUCCUUGAUUGACACUAAAGAGAGUGUGUGUGAUCCAGCUCUAGGUGAAUGAGAGAGGAGUGAGGUGCUAGAAAGUCAUGGCUCCAGCAAGAGGAGUUUCAGGAUAGUAUUGUUGUAUUAGCUCUCAAUGACUUGUAUACGCUAGGGAUUAGACAUUUCUGCCUAUGUGCUCCUGUGGAGUCCUGACUCAAAAGCUUCUCUCUUCCCUGAGUGGGCAACAUAGACAGCCGGUAAGGUUUGAGCCUUUGAGAUUAGAUCUUGCUGUGGUGCCUAGGCUGCUGUCAAGUCUGCAGGCUCAAGCUAUCUUCCCACCUCAACCCUAAGUAGCAGGGACUAUAGACCCACAUCACUGUGCCUGGCUUGUGUGUGUGUGUGUGUGUGUGUGUGUGUGUGUGACAUGUGGGAGUGCAUGCAUAUGGAGGUCCCAAGUCAAUGUUGGGUGUCCACAAACACUCUCUACCUUAGAAAGCAUUUUCAGUUAAUUAUUUUUGAGACAGAAUCUCAUUAUGCAGACCAGGCUGGCCUUUAACUCACAGAGAUCCUCCUUCCUCUGUCCCCCAAGUGCUGGAAUCAAAGGUGUGCACCACCACCCACAGCACGUGGUUUCAUUUUGAGUGUUUGAGUGUUUGCUUGCAUGUAUGUAUGUUCAUGAAGUGCCCACAGAGGCCAGGCGAGAGAGUUGAACCUCUGGGACUUUAACUGUAGUUAAUGGUGGUUGGGAGCCAUCAUGUGGGUGCUGAGAACAGAACCUCGCCCUCCGUAAGAGCAGCCAGCGCUCUUAACAGCUGAGCCAUCCUCUCUCGUGUCUUGCAUUUUGAGACAGGGCCUCUUUGAACCUCACUGAUUCGGUUAGGCUGAUAGUCUGGGCACCUUCGGGGAUCCUUUUGUGUCCACCUCCCCUCUGCUAGGACUAUGGCUGCAAGCUGCAGCUCUGGGCAGCAGGGGAUCCAAAGUCAGCGUUAAUGCCUGUGUGGCAAGCUCCACACUAGUAAGGCUUCUCCCCAAGACCAAGAGAGACUGCCAGUUCAAGGCCAUGUUGACAAAACCUGCCAGCGAAGCCCAGGCUGAGAAAUGCUGUCGGUUGGAAGGAGGACUCAGGAGGGAGGAGGUUGUUGGAAACCGGAAGGGUAGUUCUUCUCUUUUUCUGUUUGGAUUUUUUGGGAGGGCUGUAGACCAAGCCAGCCUUUACUUUGUAAUUCUGCCUCACCCUCCUAGGCAUAGGAUUACAGGGGUAGUUCUCAAUGUGACAACACGGGGUCUAAUAAAGAGGAGAAGGGCUGGGGUUGGGCUCAGAUAGAGAAGGGUCCACAUGGAAGACAGGAAUCAGUGUGUCCCAGAAGCAGUUCUGAGUCAGCCUGGUGACUCUGUUUUUGAAUGUUCAUGCGUGCACAUACGUGUAUAUGUGCUUGUGGGAUUACAGGAGCACACCAGUAUGCUUGGUGUGUGUGUGUGUGUGUGUGUGUGUAUACGUGUGUGUGCGUGCCUGCGUGCCUGCCUGCCUGCCUAUGGGAUUACAGGAGUCCACUGCUAUGAUGCUUGGUUUUUCAAAUUCUCUAGCCUGCUUUGGAGUGUCAUAGUUAUAAGCCAAUUACAUCCCAGUUAAGCUGCCAUAAGUAAAUCCCGGCAGGAGCCUGCCGUCUGCAGGGAGAGUGGGUAUGGCCCAGAGUGACUGUGAAUUGGAUUCAUGUCAGCCUGAUUCUGUGCUUUCUCAGGCAGUUAAGAAAAAAACAAAGCCUUUGACCUGGGGAGAUGGCUCAGUCAGUAAAGAGCUUGCUCUGCGUCUCCAGUGCCACAUAAAAAGCAAAGCAGAUGGUGUGUGUCUGUGUCUGAUCCCAUGCUAGUGGGUCGGAGACUUAGGAAGACACUCCCUGUCCACCCGUGCUCGCUCACACACACACACACACACACACACACACACACACACACACACACACACACACAGAGAGAGAGAGAGAGAGAGAGAGAGAGAGAGAGAGAGGAUGCAAACAAAGAAACCCUUCUGUUAAAUAGAACUAAUAAUGCACACCCGUGAUCCUUUCCUUCUCUCUGAACAAGGACUUGUUGGGCAGCCUGGGCUACCCUGGAACUCAGCAUGCAGAGCAGCAGAGCAGGCUGGUGUCUUUGAUUGGGAUGCAGCGUGCAGGAAGGGGGGAUCUGAGGCUGUGCUGAGCUGAGUGGAGGAGUCCUCGGUUCUUGCAGUUCUUGCUGUUCGGAAGGAGUCUGGAAGGAGCUCCAGGUUCGAGCCCGCACCUGAGAUUCAGGAGGCCCCACUUCCGUCCACAGUACUCAGAUACAAAACCAACCAGGCCAACCCUUGGGAAGGGAGCAGGAGGGUCAGUCAUCAAGCUGAUCAGUGACUACAGGAGACCCUGUCUAUCAGAAACAAAACAAAACAACAUUGGUCAAGGCUCUUGACACCGAGCCCGAAAACCUGAAUUUUUAUUUUAUUUUAUUUUAGAUUUUUAAAUGUUUAAAAAUAAAUAAAAAAAAUUUUUUUUCAAGACAGAAUUUUACUGUGUAACUCUGUCUGUGUUGGAAUUCACUGUAGACCAAGCUGGCCUCGAACUCACGGAGAUCUGCUUGCCUCUGCCUUCUGAGUGCUGGUGUGUGCCACUUUAAUGGGUGUGUGCCACUACGUACUGGCAACUUUUUUUUAGGGUGCUUUUGUGUAUGUGUCUGUUUUGGGGUAUAUGCAUGUGAGUGUACUCGCCUAUAGAAACCAGAAGAGACCAUCCGAUUCCCUAGAACUGAAGUUACAGGCAGUCAGGAGCCACCCAGCAUGGGUGCUGGGAACUGAACUCUGGUUCUCUGCAAGAGCAGUGUGCACUCGUAACCUCUGAGCCAGCUCUGCAGCCAUGGUAGCCUUAGCUCUAUCCCAAGCCCUACAUAGUGGAUUAGAAAACCGACUUCUCAACUUCACAAGAUGUCCUCUGACUUCCACAGGCAAAUGUGUACCAACUCUCUCUCUCUCUCUCUCUCUCUCUCUCUCUCUCUCUCUCUCUCACACACACACACACACACACACACACACACACACACACACACUCACAGUUUCUCUCCUCAGAAACACACACAGAUUAAAAAAAAAACAAAACAAAUAAAAAGGGACAGUUCAGUAUAGCCUGAACCUGUGGAAUUGCUCAGUAUCUUGUGUAAAUUCUUGCUGCUAUCUGGAUAAGUUCUUGGGAAGCAGAGUGGCAGAGGUGUGGGCCGAGGUUCCGGGGCCUGUGCGCGCUGUAUGCUGUAUGUGCUGUAUGCUGUGCGUGCUGUAUGCUGUGUGUGCUGUAUCCUGUACUGUAUGCUGUGCGUGCUGUAUGCUGUGCAUGCUGUAUCCUGUAUGUGCUGUAUGCUGUGCGCCCUGUAUGCUGUCACACUGUUUACUGGGCAUGGUAGAGCAUGCCUGUGACCCCAGCAUUUGGAAGGCGGAGGCAGGAGGAUCAGGAGUCCAGAGUCAUCCUUGGCUAGUUUGUGGUUAGUUUUGGCUACAUGAGAUGCUGUCAAGAAGGAAGGAAGGAGGGUUGGGGAUUUAGCUCAGUGGUAGAGCGCUUGCUGGGUUCGGUCCCCAGCUCCAAAAAAAAAGAAAAAAAAAAAAAAAGGAAGGAAGGAAGGAAAAGGGAGUAGAGUGAUUGUGGGAAGGCAAGCAUGGUGGUGCAUGUGUAUGUGUAUAUUCCCAGAACCAUGUUCAAGCUCCUGUCCCCACAUCCCCAGUGCUGGGAUUCCAGACACAUACUACCUUACACGGCUUUUUAUGUGGGUACUGGGGAUCCAAACUCAGGUCCUUCUGCUUGUCCAGCUAGUAUCUAACGGCUGAUCCACCCCUCCCUCUGUUGUCCCCGACUUCCAGGACAUGUCCAAUGAUGAUGAGGCAGCGGCAGAGGCAGCGGGUGACACCCACCUACUUGGCUUCUCUGAUGAGAUCCUCCUACAUAUCCUGAGCCACGUCCCCAGCACAGACCUGGUUCUCAAUGUGCGGCGUACCUGCCGGAAGCUCGCAGCCCUGUGUCUGGACAAGAGCCUGGUGCACACUGUGCUACUGCAGAAGGACUACCAGGCCAGUGAGGAGAAGGUGAAGCAGCUGGUGAAGGAGAUUGGCCGGGAGAUCCAGCAGCUGAACAUGGCAGGCUGCUAUUGGCUGCCCGGCUCCACCAUCGAGCACGUGGCCCGCUGUCACAGCCUGGUGAAGGUGAACUUGUCAGGUUGUCACCUCACCUCGCUGCGGCUGUCCAGGGUGCUCUCCUGCCUGCAGCGCCUGCGCUCACUGGCCAUCGACGUGAGCCCUGGCUUCGACGCCAGCCAGCUGAGCAGUGAGUGCAAGGCCACGCUGAGCCGCGUGCAGGAGCUCAAGCAGACGCUCUUCACACCGUCCUACGGCGUGGUGCCCUGCUGUGCCAGCCUGCAGAAGCUGCUGCUGUACUUCGAGAUCCUGGACCGCACCCGUGAGGGCGCCGUCCUCUCCGGCCAGCUCAUGGUGGGCCAGAGCAACGUGCCCCACUACCAGAACCUGCGUGUCUUCUACGCACGCCUGGCCCCUGGCUACAUCAACCAGGAGGUGGUAAGGCUCUACCUCGCUGUGCUCAGCGACCGCACGCCUGAGAACCUGCAUGCCUUCCUCAUCUCCGUCCCCGGCAGCUUCGCAGAGAGCGGGGCCACCAAAAACCUGCUGGACUCCAUGGCCCGCAACGUGGCCCUGGAUGCCCUGCAGCUGCCCAAGUCCUGGCUGAAUGGCUCCACCCUCCUCCAGCACAUGAAGUUCAACAAUCCCUUCUACUUCAGCUUCAGCCGGUGUACGCUGUCAGGCGGUCACCUGAUCCAGCGACUCAUCAAUGGGGGGAAGGACCUGCGUAGCCUGGCCAGCCUCAACCUCAGCGGCUGCGUGCACUGCCUGUCCGCGGACUCAUUGCUGCGGAAGGCCGAGGACGACAUCGACAGCAGCAUCCUCGAGACUCUGGUGGAGUCCUGCUGCAACCUGCAUCACCUCAAUCUCUCAGCCGCCCAUCACCACAGCUCUGACGGCCUGGGCCGCCACCUCUGCCAGCUCCUGGCUCGGCUCUGCCACCUGCGCUCCCUGUCCCUGCCUGUCUGCUCUGUGGCCGACUCGGCACCCAGGCCUGACCGUGCGCCUGCCCCGCCAGCCAUGCAUGCAGUACCCCGUGGAUUUGGCAAGAAGGUGCGCAUUGGGGUGCAGACCUGUCCCAACCCCUUUGUGGGCCAGUCGGCCCCACAGCCUGCCUCUGUGUUUUGGUCUCUGCUGAAGAAGCUCCCAUUUCUGGAGCACCUGGAACUGAUCGGGUCCAAUUUCUCCUCAGCCAUGCCCCGCAAUGAGCCAGCCAUCCGCAACUCCCUCCCGCCCUGCAGUCGGGCACAGAACGUGGGGGACUCAGAGGUGGCCGCCAUUGGCCAGCUGACCUUCCUGCGGCACCUGACACUAGCCCAGCUGCCAGGCAUGCUGACGGGCUCUGGACUAGUGAGCAUUGGCCUACAGUGCCAGCAGUUGCAGUCCCUGUCGCUGGCCAACCUGGGCAUGAUGGGAAAGGUGGUGUACAUGCCUGCUCUUGCCGACAUGCUGAAGCACUGCAAGCGUCUGAAGGACCUGAGCAGGUUGCUCGGGCUUACUUUGAACUCACUGUCAUCCAUGAAGGCCUUGAACUCCUGAUCCUCCCACCUCAACCCCCAGAGCCUGGGAGCACAGGUAUGGCCCGUCAUGCCUAAAUUGUAAGCAUUCCUUUUUUAAUUCUGGGACAGAGUCGCGUGUGUCCUAGGCUGGCCUCAUAACUUUCCGUGCAGCUGAGGAUGACGAACUUCUGAUUGUCUGGGAGUGUAGUGCGCUUCAUCAUAUUAGGUUAAUGCCCCUGCUUCUGGGCAGGCAAGAGGUGGUAGGACUUAAGGGCUCUGCCACUUUGUAGGUGUGGGUGGGUGGGUGGAGGCUCCAGUGAGGUCUAGAAGUCUUCCCUUAGCUUACAGGGUCUUGUACACUGCUGUCACUCUCGCCAGUGCGCUUGCUGCUGCUUUGGUGCCUGACUUAGGGCUUCUAUUACCGUAAUGACCACCUUGAUCACCACCAGCCCAGGGAUGGGACCACCGAUCACUAAUUUAAGAUAAGCUGCACAGGUGUGUCUGUCUACAACUGGAUCUUUUUUUUUUUUUUUCUUUUUUCUUUUUUUCGGAGCUGGGGACCGAACCCAGGGCCUUGCGCUUGCUAGGCAAGUGCUCUACCGCUGAGCUAAAUCCCCAACCCCCUACAACUGGAUCUUAUGGUGGCAUCUGCUCCAUUGAGGUUCCUCCUCUCAGAUGACUCUAGCUUGGGUCAAGUGGACAUAAAACUGGCCAACGUGGGCUGUGCUGAGAGCCUGGGCAGAGCUGACCUUUCCCCCACAGCAUCCCUGGAUGCGGAUGUCGAGUCAGAAGCAGGAAGCACCUCACCUGUCAGUCCAAGCCAGAGCUUCCCUUGGCUCCAGGACCCACAAGGGAAGGACGAACCCUGUGCGUCUCACUGCUCCCCUCCUGGAGUUAGCAUGAAGCUGGUCCUGGGCUGUUAGCCUCCAUAGCUAGACUUGGCGCACAGACAUGCUGAGGCCGUCUAGGUCCAAAGCCUGUGUGUUUUCUGCCCCGUCUGGUCACCUACCCUGCUGCGCCAGCCUUAUGCUCAGCAGAGAGGGUCCUCGGCUGUCUCUGUAGACAGGGCUGUACCCAUGCCUGGGUAUCCGUGUGCAUGGGUCCUGUGCCUUCCCACUGUCUCUGCCUGUGGCCUUUCCUGUCCCCCAGUCUAGUGAUUGUGUCUCAGUCAGUGGAUUGUGGUGGCACGUGCACUAACUGUGGCUCCCGAGUGUGACGGACACCACAGAGGAAGCAGAAGGAAACAGAGGCACUGUGGCUACAGGAAGUAGUCCACCACCUCAAGAAGCUAAGGCCAGGGGUUGGGGAUUUAGCUCAGCGGUAGAGCGCUUGCCUAGGAAGCACAAGGCCCUGGGUUCGGUCCCCAGCUCCGUGGGGGGUGGGGGGGAGGCUAAGGCCGGGGCAGGGGUUUGCCUUGAGUUCAAGGUCAGCCUGGGCUAGAAUAAGACCCUGUCUUCAAAAGCAACAAUAGCCCCCACCCCAACAAACAAACAAAAA